AUGGCCAACAACUCACUCAGCAACCGCAACCAGACAAUGCGUGCAUUUGGUGAUGAUUUCCAACCAGAAGUCACACACCUAGUCAACACUGGAAGGACGGAUAGUCAAAUCCGAGAACAUAUCAAAGCGACAUACGAUAUAUCAGUCUCCCAACGAACAUUAACUCGCAGGAAGGAAGACUGGGGGCUAAUUCUUCAAGCCGCUGAUUACGCAGCCCAGCUCGAAGAUCACAUCAUCACUUACUUUGAACGGGGAUUGACUUACUCCCAAAUUCACCAUGCUUUAUCCACCAGCCACGGCUACGUCCAAUCAAAAAGAACACUAGAACGCAAAAUCAAAUCGAUGAACCUCACCCGCAGAACUGACGAUUUGGACAACGAAAAGAUCGACAUUGACACAGUUGUGUCAUGCAUUGAAGAGAUACACCAAACUCCUGAAGGCCGCAAUGCUGGAUACCGGAAGAUGAGACAGCUGCUCCAAACUAAAUAUGGCCUGCACAUCCACACACUCACAGUGGCCAUGAUAAACCGCACCCUUGACCCAGACGGUGUUCAAAAUCGAGCGAAACGGGUGUUGAAACGCCGUGUCUUCAAAACCCCCGGACCCAACUUCAUAUGGUCGGCCGACGGACACGACAAGCUCAAGAAGUUUGGGAUAACCAUCUAUGGGUUCAUCGAUGCCUGGAGCCGGAAAAUCUUGGGGCUAUUUGUGCAUGUGACCAACAACGACCCUCGUCACAUUGGAUACUACUACCUCCAGCUGGUCAAACAAGAAGGUGGGAUCCCACGACGUACCACAACCGACAAGGGCACCGAAACCAUCCAAAUGGCAGGCCACCAAAUCAACCUCACCGAGGAAUUCAACCUCGAGUGCGCAGACCCCAGCCAGUCACACCUCUUUACCAAGAGCGCUCACAAUCAGAAGAUUGAGUGUCUCUGGUCUCAGAUGAUGAAGCAAUACAACUGUCAGUUAAUCAACCACCUGUUCGAAGCCAUCGAGAAGGAUUGCUAUGAUCCAAAUGACCCGGUUGAGUAUCACCUCUUCAUAUACUUGUGGGUGCCGCUGCUUCAGGAAGGGCUGGAUGACUGGACAAGCAACUAUAACAACUACAAACGUCGAUGGGACCCCAAAAGCAUGCUUCCCACCCGGUGUAGUGCUGAAUGGUGCUACAAAUAUCCAACAGAAGUCGGUGGGGAGCAAGGUCUUAUUCCGGUGCCGCCAGAAGCUGUCGAAGCCCUUGAAGAAGAAUUUUAUCCGGAGGCUGCCGAGAUGAUGGAUACGUCACCCAAAUGGUUCUCAGAAUCUAUCAAGGAGCUGGAGGUUGGGAUGGAUCUGUCAAUUCCUGCGGUCGACAUCCACAACGUUUGGGAUACAUUCUCACUACUUCUCCAAUCCAUCCGAGACUAUGAUUCCGCCUGGUUGGCUGACCCCUCAAAUGAGCCAACAGAAACCUUUGCCUUCCGUGCUUCCUGA